AUGGGAUCGCUGAGUUACAUUUGCUGGGUGGUCUGUCUCGCACAGAUCGCCACCGUCUAUGGCCGACCGGACUUUGCCACUAGCUACCAGUUCUCUGCGACGCCCAGCGUCAGCCGGUUUUCCAGUGACAUUUCCAGCCUUUUCGCCUCAAUGGACGACGGCUUACACUUCACGAUGUCCGGCGCAAUACCCAACAGCGAGUCACAGCGCCAACUGUUGGCAGUGUUCGCCGAGGACUUUGGAGUAAACGCAAGAGCCGUGACGGAUCAGUUGCAAGCGUCGGCUGCCAGUACCUCCAGCAUGGGCACUACGUUGAGCAUGGUCUUGUCGGCGUAUUCUAAUUUAGUCGUCUAUUUCAACGCCAACGCAAAUGUUUUCCUUAGCAAUUCUGUGCGACAACUGGGAUCGUUCGUAGCAAGAGAAUUUUUUAGCGGUUUGGUACGCCUAGUGACGAGCCUGCCGCGUAUACGAAUAACGGUGGAAGCGCUGCAGAAUAGUCUCCAAAAUGCCUCCACCGCGGCGGAUGUCCCGGGCGACGUGUUGCGAUCAUUGGUUGAAGCGCUGAAGCUGUUGAAGGCAGAUCUACCGCUGCUGGUUUACUCGUUCCAGCGGAUCCGUGUAAACCUUCUCACUGCCGACGCGUUUAUGGUGCCCUACAACCAGGACCUGCAGGCCCUCUCGGGUGACUUCAUGCAGGAAGCGGUUACCUUCAACCUGGAACUGUCCCGGUUCGAAGCUGCAGUAGACACGAUGUUUUCCUCCGUCGAGCAAACGUUCAACAAUACGGGCACCCAGCUGGACACCGACCUCACCGGUACGGUCGAAAGCCAGACGAACUUUAUGCAACUAAAAACCGACCUAAAAGCCUUCGCGAGCGGCCGGUCACUGUUUGUGAAGAACCUGAAGGACGCUGUAAUGCUUGCCAGCAUGGGAAAUCGGCAAUCGGUGCUGGAGAAAGUGAGCACCAUGUACUACGUCAGCGAAGUUUACCCGCUCGAGGCUCCGGCUCUGGAACUGGCGAUGCAAUUGAUCGCCUCCAAAGUCUUCGACAAAUCGUGUUACAACCGACAUGUUUCCCUUGUGACGGAUCUGCCCACCCUCGGGCGUAUUCAGCUGAACGAAUGCCUCAAUACCGAGCUGCCCAGGUUACAGAGACUACAGGAACUGAUCGUAGCGUAUGGCGCUUUGGUAUCGUACGAUGUUGAGGAUCUGCUGCCCAAUUUGAAACCCUGCCGGAAUGAGUUGGCCGCGAGCGGUUGUCUGGUGGAGAUCGCCGCACACUACGCACGACUCCUGGCAGCGCGUGACGGCAACGCUGCGACCAGAGCAGGCAACUUCUUCACAUCUGCUGUAACUGCCAGCAUGAACAGAAUCAAUCUUUGUUUCACCAGGGUCAAUGUGCUGACAUUCCAAAACGUGGUGCCUAAUCUUAUGCGGGGUAUGCAAAGCUGUGGUCUCUGA